UGACAAUGGUACUACUGCAGGAGCUACGAAUGGAGCAUUUCUAGAUCAUGCUGCGUCAGAUGAAGCAGCGGCUGCUCCUGCUGCGUCGCCUCGUGACAGUUUUUCAUCUUUUGAUGACGACAAUGCUGCUAUCAUCUCGGUAAUCGCGACGAGCGAGGAUCUGCGGGAAAUGGGCCUCGAGGAC